AUGAAGAGAUCUAUGUCUUAUUCCAGUAACACCAGCAGUCAAUUAGGUCAAUGGGAUGAUGACAACUACGACUCGGACCAUGCUCACAAGAAGCGUAAAACAGAGAGCGUGACAGAGGACGACGCUGAUUCGUCGACCAAGACGAGCCCUUUGAAGGAUCAAUUAACCCUAAAUAGCAAUAAUAUUCCAGAAAGCGAUUCGUGGGUGGUGACUCGCUUUUUAGGAAAAGGCUCGUACGGAUCUGUUCACUUAGCCGUGAGAACCACCAAGGGAGAAGAAGAGUCUCUUCCUCAAGAGAUGGUAAUCAAAACGUCCGCGUUCUCACAGGCUUCACAACUCGAGAACGAGAAGAGAUUCUUAAACCGUCUCGAAAAUAACCCAUACGUUGUAUCCUACUACGGCAAAAAGAUCACACUCGACAAGAAGAGUAAGAAGAUGUUAUACAACACGGUUCUCGAGUACUGUCCCGGUCAAUGCCUCGCUAAGAAAAUCAAACGCCACAAAGGUAUCGGGUUACCGGAAGAAGAUGCGAAGAGAUUCGCUCUCGACAUCUUGAUUGGUCUCAGGUAUACCCAUGCAAAGAAUAUCAUCCACUGCGACAUAAAACCAAAGAACAUCUUACUCGCGGAAGAGGUUACAGGAUUGAGAGGGCCUUAUGGGUUUUUAGCGAAGAUCUCUGGUUUUGGGAAAGCGAUGGAGAAAGGGUCGAGUGAGUACGGUGAUGGAUGGGGUCAUAGGAGAGGUACGACACGGUUUAUGUCGCCAGAGCUUAUAGGGGACAAUAUUUUGGACUAUGGUGCGGAUGUUUGGGCCUUUGGAUGUACGGUUCUUGAGAUGUUGACAGGAGAACGGGUUUGGAGUGAGCAUGGAGAGCUUGUUUGGGAAGAUUGGAUAACUCUCAUCGUUGUAAGCGAUAUGGUUCCAUAUAUCCCUGAGACUUUGUCUAAAGAAGCUAAAGAUUUUCUGUCAAAGUGUUUGCAGAAAGGCUCCUCCCAAAGGUGGGAUGUUGAUAGCUUGAUGAAACAUCCGUUUCUUACUUGGAAUAACGAAUACACCAAAGAGGAAGAAGAAGAAGAAGAAGAAGAAGAAGAAGAAGAAGAAAUAUUUGAUGAGGACAUCGAAGGAGGAGCAAUUGAAAUAGAUGAAGAAUACCCUAAAGAGGAGGAGUUGGAAGAAGAAGAUCUGUGA